AUGUCUCAUCACAUAGCAAAACUGGUCAAAGAAUCGAUCGAGGCGCUUAGUUGGGAAAUACUUUCGUAUGCGGCUUACUCACCAGACUUAACUCCGUCCAAUUACUAUUUUUUGCAUCGAUGGGACACGCACUUGCCGAGCAGUGCUUCACUUCUUACGAAAAUGUACAAAAAUGGCUCGAUUACUGGAUCACCUGAAAAAAUUAACAAUUUUUUGGCGGAGGAUUCACAAAUUACCAGACAGAUGGGAAAAAU